AAAGAUAGCGUCAGUUGAAAGCCAGUAGAGCUCAGCCUAUAAACCCUCGUUCUCAACUCUCAAACCAUUUUUAACCUAAAUCGCCGAUUUCUUCUUCUUGCUUCGCAUUUCCAAUUCGACGCAUUCCAAUGGCUUUACCAGACCAGAAAACUGUUGAUUAUCCGAGUUUCAAGCUUGUGAUUGUUGGUGAUGGCGGCACUGGAAAAACAACUUUUGUGAAAAGACAUCUCACAGGGGAGUUUGAAAAGAAAUACGAACCAACAAUUGGCGUGGAAGUGCACCCUUUGGACUUCUUCACAAACUGUGGAAAAAUUAGAUUUUACUGCUGGGACACUGCUGGGCAGGAGAAGUUCGGUGGUUUACGGGAUGGCUACUACAUCCAUGGGCAAUGCGCUAUCAUCAUGUUUGAUGUUACUGCCAGAUUGACAUACAAAAAUGUUCCUACAUGGCAUCGUGAUCUUUGCAGGGUGUGUGAGAAUAUCCCAAUUGUUCUAUGUGGAAACAAGGUCGAUGUGAAAAACAGGCAGGUUAAGGCCAAGCAAGUCACAUUCCACAGGAAGAAGAACCUACAGUACUAUGAAAUAUCUGCCAAGAGUAACUACAACUUUGAAAAACCAUUCCUGUACUUGGCCAGGAAGUUAGCUGGGGAUGCCAACAUUCAUUUUGUGGAGUCUCCUGCCCUUGCUCCUCCAGAAGUACACAUUGACUUGGCUGCCCAGCAACAGCAUGAAGCUGAGUUGGCAGCAGCUGCCAGUCAACCUCUGCCAGAUGACGACGACGAUGCAUUUGAGUAGAGACGUGGUUUGAACACCUGGUGAUUUUCUUUAUCAGAUAUCUUUAUUUUCUCCUUUUCCUCCGAGUGAUCUUGUUGCUAGGAUUGUGACAGGAGGGAAUAGGUGGGCUGGAUUUGGAUGUGGGUAUUGGUAGAGAUUUGAAUUUUGAAAACGUCAAAGUUUUCCCGGAACAAACAGAAUUUGGGUGUCAAUGAUUGGUUUUUUUGAGUGAGUUGUGUAUUGAUUAAUGUAACUGUGUGGAUUAGAUGAUACUAUUUGAGAUGAGUUGAUUCUCCUUUCUUCAACCUUUCUUGGGAUUUCUUCUGUUC